UAAAGCUCGUGGCCCUCGUCAUUUCAUUUAGUUAUCGCUUUGUUUACGCGCUCAUUUAAUUUUAAAAUCAGUCCUAGUGAACUUACCUCAAUACCCUGCCAUCAUGAUCUCUAUCAAAUAUGCUAUUGCUCUCCUCCUGUCACUCUUCGCCGCAGCCAUGAGUUUACCCACGCCAGACCCAAGCUUCUGGCCUAAACACACUCACUACAUUAUUCACGUGCCAUAUGAAGUCCACACCGUCCACAAGCACCAUUACCACAAGGUCCCAGUUUACAUCAAGUCACAUGACCACGGAUGGGACUCUCACUCCAGCCAUGGAUGGGACUGGGAUUAGAUUCUUCGACUGAAGAAACAACUCCAAGACUGUACAUGCGCAACCUCAAGUUUGAGAUGAGUACAAAUCAAAA